UGUGUGCAGCGUUUGUUUUUCUGCUGCACCGUCUGCAUCUGCAUCAAAAUCAAAAUAUUUAUUUAAAUCUCCGGCAUAAAGAGGCUGAUGUGUUAGCCUCACAUAAAUUUCAAGUGCAUCGACUAAAUCUGAAAACAGUGAAUUGGAAAUCGAGCCUCGGAUUUAUAAAAAUUAAGCAAAUAAAUAUCUAACGCCGGAGUGACAUGUCGCUCAUCCGCACUCUGUGGCAGUGCGCUUUUAGUCCACGACUCUACAAGUUUUAUGAAGUUUCAUGGGUAGGGCGUCUCAUCGACAAACCAUACGAGGCCAAGGGUUUAGAGCGAUGGGGAGACCAAGUUGUCAUCUCGUUUGCAGCAGCAUGGUCUUUGUCAAUUUAUGCGAUUCCAUUGAUCGUGAUAGCUUUAUUCAGGAGAGGAUCACCUUUAGCAGAUGCUUUCACAAUAUCACAAUUUAUGACAGGGGCAGGCAUUAUACUGGUUACUUCUUUGGUGGCUAGGGGAUAUUCGAGAUCAAAGAAUCCAACUUAUUUGAAGUUCAUGAAAGUAUUGGAUGAUGCCAAGUCUCACUACACUUAUGAGACCAAGCAGGAGCUUGGAAAAUAUGAUUUUGAGUUUUGGGCUUGGCCCAUUGAUUUCGAUGUUUCUUCUAUAGAAAAAAGCAGAGAUAAAGUGACACUGCAAGUAUUAGAGUCAAGCAAUAGAACUAGUCUGAGAAGAAAAGAUUCAAUAUUUGCUGUUCCCUGUAAAAUGUUAUCAUAUACUAUUGCUCACACUUUAGCUCUAAAAUUGAUAUAUCCAGGAAGUGCUUCUAUCAUAAACUGGGCAAUGCGGGGAAUGCUUUUACGAGGUAGAAUCGAUCUGGUGAAAAUUGGAGCAGAAAGAUUUAAGCUGUUUACAUCUGAUAAUAAUGAGAUUGAUGCGAUUUUUCUUGAUCGACGUCACAAAACUUCCAAUGGAUCAAUACUUGUUAUAACAUGCGAAGGCAACUGUGGAUUUUAUGAAGUAGGAAUCAUAAGUACUCCAAUGAAUAAGGGCUAUUCUGUACUAGGAUGGAACCACCCAGGUUUUGGAGGUAGUACAGGUGCUCCAUAUCCUGAACAAGAAGAAAAUGCAAUAGAUUGCGUCAUGAAGUUCGCAAUACAUAAGCUUGGAUUUGCUGAAAAUAAAAUAAUUUUAAAUGGUUGGAGUAUCGGGGGAUAUACUGCUUCUUGGGCUGCAAUGAACUAUCCAUCAGUUCACAGUGUGCUUUUAGAUGCAACGUUUGAUGAUAUUCUACCGCUAGCAGUUUCCAGAAUGCCCGUUUCGAUAGAACCUUUAGUCCGUAGCGUCAUUAGGAAUCACUUUAAUUUAAAUGUUGCCGCACAAAUAAACAGGUAUGACGGUCGCGUUUUGAUUGUAAGAAGAAGCGACGAUGAAAUGAUUUGUGUGCCAGAAAACAGCUUGUCUGGAAAUCGGGGCAACAAGUUGUUGGAGAAAUUACUAGCCAGACGCUACCCUUAUUUAUUUGUUGAUUCACCAGAUUCGUACAUUGUCUUGUCGAAUUUCCUUGCCGCUCCGACGUUCCACGAAAAACGCCUAAUCAUGGAUGAGGUUGGAGUGGAUCAAAAUCACUGUACAAAUUUAAUAGCUUCAGAUAUCUUAGAUAACAACUCGAGUGUAAAGUAUCCAUCAAAUCUAGCAUCAGACUGUGAUUCAAGAACAAAACAACAGCUAGUGCUAUUCUUGGCUACUAUGUACAUGGAAAAUCAAAAUUCACAACACUGUAAUCCAUUGGCAUCUGAACUUUUUCAUUCAGGAUGGGAUCCAAUGUCUACAAUAAAAGAAAAAUAGAACAAGUUCUAUUAAUGAGUGAAUAAUAUCGUGCGGCUGUGAGUUUUUGCGGAAAUAAUUUUAACUCUGACGUCGUUUUAUUACAAGAAAAGUAUUGUCUACAAAUAAGUGCCUUGAAGCGAUCAAGGCAAUUCUUCAGUAAAACGACGUUUAUAAAAUUAAUGUACAUGUGAAAAAAAAGUUAUGAUUUUUUUUUCAAAACAUGUGCACAGCGUGCAUUUAAACAAUAUGUAUAUUUAUCAAGGUGUGUGGAUAUAUUAUUUAAUGUUCAUCUGACGAUAAAUGCCAGAAUCAAAAAACAACGGAAGUGGUGUGAAGUUGAUUAUGGUGUGUGAUUAACGCUACUUACACAUUUGAAUUUCUGUCGAGCAAUUUACGUUUUAUAUUGACAAUACAUUUGGAGCUGUCUAUAGAAGUGAUAAAGUGAUGGAAAAAUUGUCAAGUUUUUUACACGGGUGAAUGUUGUAUAAUCUUUGUUUUCUGUUUUUUUUUUUUAAUAGUAAAUAAACCUUAUUUGAAAAAUCA